AACAGGUGCCUUACUAGUAGUAACAAGAAGCUUCUAGUAACAGGUGCAACGCUAGUAGUAACAGGUGCCUUACUAGUAGUAACAAGAAGCUUCUAGUAACAGGUGCCACGCUAGUAGUAACAGGUGCCUUACUAGUAGUAACAACGGCUUGACGUUAAAACCGGAACGAGCGGAAUCCAGAGCUCGGCCGUUCGAGCGGAAUGUUUGGACGUCGGACCAGUGGCAGGUUCUUGGCUGACGUCUCCCUAUUUCAAGACAAUCCCCAAACAAGGUAUGACUCCCCCUAUGGCCCUAUGAAUAGAACAGUCAGGUGAAUAUGAAGCAAUUUGCCACCUUCGCUCAUGGGGUUUUCCCGUUAUACCAGUUGGGCUACUUUAUUUCUCUACUGGUGGUAGAGACCAUAUAAGAGCUGUUCUCUACGUUUACUUUUAUGCAAUUGUCUUGCACCAUUGAAAUUGUGCCCUUGAGUGCAGUCAGCAUCAGCCCAGCCUCCUAUGGACACUGCUGUAUCUGUUGGUAUUUUCAAAGCAGUCAUGGAGCUUGAGGUUGUCAAUUCGAGUGCUUAGAGUGAACUGACACACACACACACAUUCAUCAGUAUUACUUCCAUGAGGCUCUCAACGCUCCUUGUGAGCUCCUUGAUUGUUUCUUUGGAAUUGUGUUUUUGUUUGAGGUGUCCUUUCGCUUUGCUUGCACAAACAUUUGCCCAAACAUGUCAGGUCGCAGUUUCACACUGCAGACACAUACUUCCAUGCGCAUCCGUGCCCCACAAACCCAGGACACAACCAACCCAAAGGGCCCAAACCAUCCCAAACCGCCUCCCACGGUCUCCACCACCCAGACGCCACGGCUUUGAGGCCCAGACGUGGAGCUGCGGCGGAAUGCCUCGGAGGAGCUGCUGCAACUCCAGUGGAGCGGCUCGCCGGGUCCGCGCAGCAGCACCAUGCAACAGCUCCUGAAGGCAGUGCUGGAUAAGGACCACGUCGUCCGCCACAAUGUGGGGUUCCUCUUGCGGAGACUCUGCGGCAAGUAUCGGUGGCACAUGGAUUACUGGGUCAGCCGACUGGCAAGGCGGAUCGAGAAAGGCACCAAGGAUCGAUUGACGACGCAAAUCUAUGUGAUGAAAGCGCUCGGGCACCUGGGCCCUUAUGGGAGUCCCUACUCCAAGAACCUCCUCCCUUAUUUCGACCAUGAGGAGGAGUAUGUCCGCCUGGUGGCCGUGGACACAGUGGGGCAGCUGGUGGGGGAAAUCCCACGGCACAAGCGCAGCAUCGUGCGGCUGCUGCGGGAGGAUCCCUCUCAGGAGGUGCGGAAGUUGUGUGACGCGGUGUUGAAGCAGAGGGGAUGGCAAGAACCACACUGGAUGAAGAUUCAGAAGCCCGCCUGGCGCGAGAGGGUGAUUCGGUCCAAGGCCAACAACAACAAGGGCACGACCAAGGGCAAGAAGAGUGUCGGCAAAUUUGGCAAGAUCUACUGGGAGAAGGUCGGACAUAAGUCGCGCAUGAAGUGAGAGUGGCCGGGAUUUCUUCUCUGCGAUGCUGAUCCUGAGCAGCCAAACAAGAAGCGAAC